AUGGGCGAUAGAGUAGAAGUGAAUCUGUCGAGCAGUCUUAAGAAGAGCGCAGGUCAGUGGGAUUGGCCACUGAACCGCAAUGACGGUAUCGUUGAGGUGAUCAACACCGACGAUAAAUUCGAAGUGGUGCUCGAAGCCGCUUUCUUCCAACCCAAAGAGAUUGAGGUCUGUUUUCAAGGAUAUUCAUUGAUCAUCGAGUCACUGUCCUGA